AUGUCUGCACCAGUGAAUCUGCUCCUCGGCGUAGCCGCCGCCCUCUGCUUUCUCACACUCUGCUCCGCAAGAAUCCCCGGCGUCUACUCCGGCGGCCCCUGGGAAACCGCCCACGCCACCUUCUACGGAGGCAGCGACGCCUCCGGCACCAUGGGCGGCGCGUGCGGGUACGGAAACCUGUACAGCCAGGGCUACGGCGUGAACACGGCGGCGCUUAGCACGGCGCUCUUCAACAACGGGCUGAGCUGCGGCGCGUGCUUCGAGCUCAAGUGCGACGCUGACCAGGCCGGCAGGAUUCCCUUUUGCCGAGGCCCGAGGUACGCUAAUCUUCAACUUCUUGUUCAGCUUUCCUUAUUAUCUGCAAAAUUGGCCCAAUCUGCAGUUUAA